GAGAGAGAGAGGGUUUGCCCCACAUCUCUCCAGCUCUAACCACCCUCCGGUCAGACAGUCGGUGGUGAAACCCUCUGCAGGCGACAAUCCACGGAUCCACAGCUGAUUCUAUCCGCUCAGCUUUUUUCCACAAACUGCAUCUACACAAAGAAGAUGAGGAUGUUCAGUCUCCUGUUGGGAAAAGUGCGACGAGAAAUUGCAAACAAAGUCUAAAAAAAAGGGGGAAAACCCAUCCUUCUGGAUACUUGCUGGAUUUCAAACCAUCUACAGUCUGUCAGAAUGUCCUGGUGCGACCGCGUGUUUGCCUGAGUGGGACCUGAUGUGUGUCGGGGGGCUAUGGUGACGCGAUGUGCACAGGCUGGUGUGAGGAGAGAUGUACCAGCGCCAGUGGAGGAAGACGCAGGGAUAAACGAGUGGAUCUUCACCCAUGGCUGUGCAUCACAAUCUUGUUCUGUGCUCUGUGGGGCCGGGUGUCGCCCCAGUGCCCAGACAGCUGCCACUGUGCCUGGGACACAGCCACGGUGCAGUGCUCAGACGCCGGGCUGCGGGACAUCCCAGAGGGGAUCCCACCGGAAACCGUCUCCCUCCACCUGGAACGCAACUCCAUCCGGAACAUCCCGGAGAGGGCCUUCAGCGACCUGGUCCACCUGCGGGACCUGUACCUGUCCCACAACCGCAUCGACUCGCUGGCCUCGGGGGCCUUGCGGCACCUGGGCUCCGAGCUGCGUCUGCUGGACCUCUCCCACAACCUGCUGAGACAGGCCAACAGGGAGGAGUUCGGCUCCACGAGAGCAAAGACGCGCCUCUACCACAACCCCUGGCACUGCGACUGCGCCCUCCAGGAGCUGAUGGAGACUCUGAACCUUGAGCCCGAAACGGUGAACGGGAUCGUUUGUGAGAGCUCUGUGCGGGGGGUGGGCGAGGGCAGCAGGUGGGAGGACCCGGGGUCGCAGGGCGAGCAUGCGGGUCAGCCGCUCGUCAAGCUGCUGGAUUCUGGGGUGAACUUCUGCAGCCUGCAGAGGAAAACCACCGACGUGGCCAUGCUGGUGACGAUGUUUGUGUGGUUCUUCAUGGUCAUCGUGUACGUGGUGUACUAUGUGAGGCAGAACCAAGCCGAGGCCCGCAGGCAUCUGGAGUACCUGAAGAGUUUACCCAGCCCCGGCAAGGCCCUCACUGAGACAGACACUCUCAGCACUGGUUUCUGAACUUCUCCCCUGCUGUUAUUUAAAUGGAAUACUCAAUAAUGGAGGACGCUACAUACGAAGUUAACCUUUUACAGCUGUGUUUGCAAAAUUUCUUUAUAUUUGUUACUACUAAUUCCCCCCCCAUGUUUUUCUUAAUAGUUAUUUUCCUACUGCAGUUUUCUGUGUUUAAUGAAAAAGAAUUAGUGUGUCCUGGUUUAUUCAUUUCCCCAUCUGCACUGAGAGAGAAAAUAUAGAGGAAACAGCCGGAGAUUAAAACUUGGAAUAGGAAAAGUGUCAAAAAAAGGAGAGUCUUAAAAUCUUAUUACCCUCUAUGUCCCUCUCGCUCUCCGUCUUUCCUCCCCUCCUUGUCCCACCAGUCUGUGGCCUUCUAUCUUUCAUUAAGCUCUAAUUAGGAGUCUUUGAACAACUGACCCUUAAUGGACACUAGAAAGCCACUAAUCAGGUGGAGUGUGUCUAUCAGGUCUAAGAGGGGAGCCUACACUCAAACGUGUGUCCUCACCACUCGUUGUUUCAUUUGCGUGUGUGUGUGUGUGUGUGUGUGUGUGUGGGUGAUUUUGUGCAUUGUUACAACAAUUUUUUCCCAACACACGACCACAAACCCAGUCGUUUUCUAGCCAGUGGAGAACUGCCGAUCUAAAUGUACUCUCAGGGAGCCAUUAAAGCCAGAGGUUGUGAACUACAUUGUCUAUAAGCUGCAGGAAAUCAGCUCUAAAGUAUCUGGACAGCUUAGUGUACUGAUCGGCACGGAGACAUUUCAAGCAGAAAUGGAUCGUGGGUAUGAAUUAGAUUAGUAUAGCCAUUUAUCCUGAGAGAACCUCUGCGUUCAGCUUUAAUUAAUCUCUCGAGUCCAGCUUCCUCUCUGCACUGAUUGCUGUGUACAAAUUGUUCCUCCUCCCAUUUUUCCAUACAGGCUGUAGCUGAUUUAUUCUUGUUGAAACGAGCACUCUGUUUUCCCAGGUAGCACAUUUAACUCUUGACGAGCAGGGUUUGUGCUGGAGUUUCACCGCACAUCCAGCUCAGAGUUAAACGGAACAAAACCUGACAGGAUUAACAGCCACCUUCUUUAAUUUCGCUUGACUUCCUCCAAAUCAUAUUUACUGUGGAGCUGCCUCUGGAGCAUUAUGCUCUCUAAAGGGGAGGGUGGGGUUUUGUGGCGUAUGAGUAUUUGUCAUUCGUCUCGGUUACAAAUAGAAACAGUAAAUGGCUUCCCUUAAAAUCUUUGUUAGCAACAUUUGAUAUGUCGUUUACCAACUUUGCAAAAAUCACAAAAUGAUUUCACGUUAACAUGGAUUAUUUGGAGAUAAUAUGCGAAAGACAAUCACUCUUGAUGAGUUGAUUUUGUCUGUAACAGAUUAUGAGGGUUCAGAAAUAUCCAUUCAUUUGUUUCCACAAGUUCCCACAAGGAACUUUAGCCUUUAGCAUGUAGCCCGGCUUGUUCCCCCCGCUUCUGUUUCCUCUCCCUCCGUCUAAACAUAGGCUUUCCCCUCCCGACUGUCGUAAAUCGGUGCUCUGACCUUGUGGGUCCUCUGUCCCGACCACAGACAGUGAGAAUAUUUUAUGGAAAAAGCCCUUUUUCGCCCUGAUUGUAUCAUUUGCUGUUGCAGGUCAUAAGGCAGCAAUAUUAAAUAAAGCAACCAGUUAAAAACUCCUUGUAGGGGCGAAUUAGCAAGUAAAGUAAUUAAAGAAGGCUAAUGGUCACAGACUGUUUAUAAAGAUGGAUGACUCGUCUCCUCUUCCUCUCACUAUCCAGCAAUGAAGCCAAAAUAUCCAGCAUACCAACGCUGGCAUCUUGCACACUCGGUGCCCAGCGAGGCCCUGGAGAUGCAUUUGUUCGACCAAUCAAGAGUCAGUCUAAGCUGUCAAUCAUGAUGUUUCAUGCUGUUUUUAUUGCAUCAAAUAUCUAAUCAAACUUACAGAAAAGAUUAACAUAUCAGUGAGAUAAGAACUACCUAGAAUGACAGAAACCAUCUAAAAAUGUAUUUGACGUGUACUUUGACUUUUUAGUUUGGUCUGUGUCUCAUCCACUAACAUAGAGGAGGUUGGGUUUAUGAGCAUUACUGCAGUCAGCCAUGAGGUGGCGAUCAUGAUGCUUUGGCUUCACUUUUGGGGAGCUGUCAUGUCUUCCAUCUUUACAGUCUAGGGUCAUGGUAAACAUUACACCUGCCAUCAAUAGCAUGUCAUCUAUAAACUCUUAUUCAUGUGUCUUCAAUCCCUGACGGAUUAAUGUGUACAGUAACUUCUAAGUGUUCAUGGAUAUAGUAAAGUACGACUGCCCCAUUUAAUCUGACAGUCAGGUUGAUAGGAGCAGAGGCAAAAACCUAGAAUAGGUCAACUGUCUGUGUCCUGUACUGUGCUCAAUGUGCUGUGCGUGUUUAAAUCUUCAGAGAAAGACUGGUUCAAGUCGCCGUUGUUCAGGAUGAAACAUACUGUGAAUUAUAGAACUAGACUGAUGUCUAUGGUGUUGUGAUGAAUGUGAAAGCCCUCUCUGGUAUUAGACCACAGGCUAAAAGAUGAGACUAUAAAAAGGUAGAUAUUUCUUCUGUGAAUUUAAAAACAAAAUGUAACUCCACGUCCCCCGGAUAUUUUCUGAAUGCUUCAUGUCGAUCAUUUACUGUGGGUGUUGCCAUAGUUCAGUUUCACCCAAUGUGUUAUUUGAAACACAAGAACCACAAGAACCAAGCUCAACCUGUUGUGUGUAGAUUUUUCUGUAGGUAUUUCUUUUUAUUGUUGAUGUAUUUUUCUGUUUUGGUGUUUUUGUUUUCUCUCCUGUCUCUAUGCCAACAAUUGUUCAAACAAGGAUAAAGUCAUGGAUCGGAAACCAUUACAUUAAAUAAUUAAAAAAAAUAUUUCAGGAAAAAUAAAAACAAAUAUGUAUAUAAAAAA